GCUGCGCGGACGCCGGGAAGCAUCGGCCCGCGCCAUACGCCGCGCAGCCCGGGGGCGGUGACCGCGGGCGGGGCCCCACCGACGCCACGGGUGUUCGGAGUAAGAUCCUGCCUCCACUUGUUCUGCCUAAGCGGGCCCACCCCUUUGGCGCCGCGAGGAGAAAGGCGAACCAGGCCGAAUCAGCAAAGCGGGCGGCGAGAAUGGCUCGCGGCGGUUGCGGGCGAAGACGCU